UCUAAACGUGUGCUUUUUUGCGUUGCGUUGUGUUGUGUUGUGUUGUGUCUACCAGUGGACAUUGCAGUGUGAAACUGUUAGCUACAUAUGAAAUUCCAUUUGUGUUAAAUAACUGAAAAAUAAAAUAGUUGAGUAGCUUUAUAGUAUUACUUAAUAUUCUCAUAACUAGACUGGGUGCAACCAGCUUGAUGUUUAGCAAGCUACGAACUAGUAAACGUGAUUUAGCUAAGCUAGCACAACAGGUUUUAGCUAGUUAGCUCAAUACAAAUGGAGGUGACAGCUAACGUACAUGUAGUUACGACUUAACUCACUGCCUACCACACGGAUUCAGGACUUCUGACUGUCAGCUACCGUGGCUACGCUACAUAUUAGUUAGGCUAGCCAUCCGCUAGGGAGCUAGCAAGCUAACUUACAACUGCUCUUUAGGAAAAAUGAGCACAGAAGAAGAUGGGACUCAUUGUCCCGUCUCUACAGUUCAUGGAAACGAAGAUGUAGUUGAAUGCGGAGAUGACAACAGACAGCAGGACGCUCUGAUAUGUUUGGGCAACGAGAUCAAGAGUCGGGCGGUCGUGAAAUACUCGGCCGCCCCACCGCCCGCUACCUACGCCCUUCUGCAGGAGAAGACGGACCUGAAACUGCCACCUGCCAACUGGCUUCGAGAGAGUGCCCAGCUGGGAGCGGCUGGAACGACCGUCCUGGGCUCCAGUAGCAAGAACAAGCCCUUCUCCAGUUUUGGAAUGGCAUAUGAUUUCAUUGACUCCAUAGGCAAUGAUGUGGAUGUUGUGUCUGACUCAGAGAACAUAAAGAAGCUUUUAAAGAUCCCAUAUAGCAAGUCCCAUGUCAGCAUGGCUGUUCAUCGUGUGGGGCGGACCCUUCUAUUAGAUGAUCUGGACAUCCAGGAGCUCUUCAUGAGGUCAUCCCAGUCUCAAUCCUCUGGUUGUGAACUACAGACUGGAGACUGGACGUGGCUAAAAGAGUUUUACCAGAGGCUGGUGGACCAGAAAUGGCAGAGAAAGAAGAAGAGCAAGGAGCACUGGUACCAAAAGGCCAUCCUAUCAAAGUUCCUGUAUUACAGUAUUAACGGCGACGGGUCGGUGGAACCCGUCCCGUCGGACUCGGGGAACCCCGACGAGGGAGAGGAGGAGUGCCGGGACGAAGAGUUCGGCCCCUCGUGGCCCGCCACCUUCACCAGCUCGCCGCCCGAAUCGGACACUCCAAAAGAGGAUGAUGUCUCCAUGGAAAACAAGUUCGCCUUGGGCCACGUAGCCUCCGUUCCCAAAGAACAGAACCUCCCCACGCUUUUUAAUGAAGGAGAAAACAGUCAGGGUCUGAGGAAUGACUUUGUGAGAAACAUCCUGUGGACGUUUGAGGACAUUCACAUGCUGGUGGGGUCCAACAUGCCCAUCUUUGGAGGGGGGCGUUACCCCGCCGUUAGCCUCCGCCUCAGGGAUAACAAUAAGCCCAUCAACAUUCUUACUGGUAUUGACUACUGGCUAGACAAUCUGAUGUGCAACGUGCCUGAACUUGUCAUGUGUUUUCACGUCAACGGCAUUGUGCAGAAAUACGAGAUGAUUAAGACGGAGGACAUCCCGGACCUGGAGAACUCCACAUUCUCCACCAAGGUAGUGAAGGACAUCGCUCAGAACAUUCUGUCCUUCCUCAAGUCCAACUGCACCAGGGAAGGGCACACCUACUGGCUGUUCAAAGCCAGUGGAAGUGACAUCGUGAAGCUGUACGACCUCACCACUCUGUGUGAGGAGGCCACAGAGGAGAAGUGCCAGAACCCCUUCACCCUCCCCGUCGCUGUGCUGCUCUACAAAGUGGCCAGCAACAUGAUGAUGAAGAAAAGCCAGAACCGAAAGCACUACGGAACCAUCCGGACCCUGCUGCUCAACUGUGUGAAGCUGCUGGAUCAGGAGAGGCACCCACAGAUCAUCGCCUCGGCAAACUACAUGCUGUCGGAGCUGUUCCAGCUGGACGCGCGGGCGGAGGAGGAGGGGGGGGACUCGCUGCGCGCCGGGGGCUCCGAGGACAGCUACAGCGAGGAGGAGGACGAGGACGAAGAGCUGCCCGAGGACAGCGACGACAACGGCGCCACGCCGCCCCGCGACAGCAAGGCCGUGGCCGUCAUCAAGUCCGUGGGAGAGCUGUCCGUCCCGGAGAAGUACACGGCCACGCACCAGAUCAGACCAAACUACACUUUUCCAGUUUCCCACGAUAAAGAGGAGCGCUGUCGGCAUGUCCUGAGCUACGUGUUAAAGGGCCUGAAAGCGGUGGACAGCAGCAUUAAGAAGGAGAGUGACCUGCCGGCAGCAGAUCCAAACACCCCCAUCCCCCUGAAGUACGAGGAGGGGGACCCCAGCACCGGGCCCGGCGCCGUGGAGGAGGAGAUCGCCCCUCUCCUGGACAGAGUGGGUCCCUGCCAGGAGGACCUGAAGCACCCGACGCGCUCCGGAAUGAUCCCUGGCUCCUGGCAGUACAGGAUGAAGCUGCAGCUGGUCCUCAAGGCCUCCAAGGCCUACUACGUGCUGUCGGACGCCGCCACCAACCUGCUGAAGUACGGCCGGGCCCUGCGCUACAUCAAACUGGCCCUGCAGUGCCACGACGCGUACUGCUCCGUGGGCACCAGUCUGAGGCCUGAGGUGCUGCUCUUCCACAGCCAGUGCCUGUCCCUCUGUGGGGACAUCCAGCUCAUGCUGGCCCAGAACGCCAGCAACCGCGCCGCCUACCUGGAGGAGUACAGCUACCAGACCAAGGAGGACCAGGAGAUCCUACACAGCCUGCACCGCGAGUGCAGCUGCCAGGCCUUUAACCUGGUGACGGAUCUGUCCAUGGACGCGGAGUACCAGCUGUUCGUGAGCUGCAAGUGCUACGAGGCGGCGUACGAGCUGCUGACCUCGGGGGACCUGAAGGAGCACAGCCCCGAGCAGCUGGGCCAGCUGCUGAAGAGGCUUGGAAACAUCCGGAACGAGAUGGGCGUCUUCUACAUGAACCAGGCCGCCGCCCUGCAGACGGAGAAGGAAGAGAAGCGGUCUGUGUCGGUGGCGGAGCAGGAGAUGUGGAAGAAGAGCUUCUCGUGUUUCGAGAAGGGGGUGAAGGACUUCGAGGCCAUCGCCGACGGGGCCAACACGGCCCUGCUCCUCUGCAACACGGGCCGGCUCAUGCGCAUCUGUGCGCAGGGCCACUGCGCCGUCUCCGCCCACCUCAGCCGGGGAGAGUUCUCUCCAGAGGAGGCGCUGUACUACAACAAGGCGAUAGAUUACUACCUGCGGGCGAUGAAGUCGUUGAGCAGCAGAGAGAGCCACCCAGUGGUGUGGGACUCUGUGAACUGGGAGCUCUCCACCACCUACUUCACCCUGGCAACCCUGCAGCAGGACUACGCCCCGCUCUCCAGGAAGGCCCAGGAGCAGAUUGAACGGGAGGUGACAGAGGCCAUGAUGAAAUCGCUCAAGUACUGCGACCUGCAGACUGAAUCGGCCCGACAACCCCUAUACCAGUAUAGAGCAGCCACCAUACACCACCGCCUGGCCUCCAUGUACCACAGCUGCUUCCGUAACCAGGUGGGAGACGAGCACCAGAGGAAGCAGCACCGCAGCCUGGCGGAGCUGCAUUACUGUAAGGCUGUGCGGCUCUUCCUCAGCCUGACCGACGCGCCCUGUGAGCUGCUCCGCACUCAGCUGGAGAGGGUGGCCUUCGCCGAGUUCCAGAUGUCAGGCCAGAACAGCAACACGGCCAAGCUGAAGACCCUGUCCGGGGCCCUGGAGAUCAUGGUGCAGACCCGGCACGCCUUCCAGCUCAUCCACCAAGAGCUGCUGCAGGAGCAGAGCGAGGUACGCAUCAGCGCCCCCCGGUGGUCACCCCAAGAAACAGGCCAGAGCCUCACCACUGGGAGGGGGCAGGCCGACGCCCCCGGCGCCACGGAGACCGUGACCGCCUCGGACGGCUCCGCCUCCUCGGGCGUGAACACGCAGGAAGUGCUGAAGCUGGUGGGCGUGUUCGAGCCCAGCAUCUCCUUCCUGUUGCUCCACCUGGUCAAGCUGCUGUCCGCCGGGAAACGCAAGCCCAGUGUGAAGGAGGAAGACUCGGUGAAGCUGUACAAGCAGGUGUACUCCAAGCUGCUGCGUGCUGACAAGUCCGCCCCUCUCCUCCACCGGGUGGCGCUGUGUCUGGAGCUGCUCGAUCAGCUGGCGCUCCACGUGGAAGGCAGUGAGAGCUGAGUAUCGCCGUGACAACGCCUGCGCAUCGCCGUGACAACGCCUGUGUCAGGUCUCGCUGUCCAGACAGAGUGACAUAUGACGCACACAGGCACAGUUGCCUUGCGGGAAGCAGGUUCUGGGUCCCAGCCGGGCCUGGAUCCUCACUCUGUGGAGUUUGCAUGCUCUCCAUGUUCUUGUGGGUUUCCUCAGAGUACUCCGGUUAAGAUAUGCUGCUUAGGGGCUGCACAGGUCAUGACUGCAAAUGAGAAUCUCUCCUGGUUAAAUAAAGGUCUAUUAUGAACAUGCGUACACAGGCAUACGUGCAUAUGGACGUGCAAACAUGUACACAACGUGCAUGCAUGUACUCGCACACUCCUGCACGCAGACUAAAAAAAUGUGAAUAUUUAAAGCUCCUUUCGCCAGCUGUGCCUUGCCAACUGCGGCUGUCCACCAUUUUAGGACAACUUUCUUAGUGUCGCUCCCCCUUCGUACUCUUUUUAAACUUCGUAUAGGAUUGUCCUUUCCCUUUUACUCAUUUUUAUAAACGGAGAGGUGAGCGUUUUCUAAAGUGGAGUAAUGAAUUUACUGUUUUGAUUGUGUUCCAACUACACUGAUGAAUUAAUACGUUUGUUAAUAAGGAUAAGGACUUGCAAUGCAAGAUAUUUGUGUUACUGUCACAGCUACUGUUUAUGAAAAACAAAGUUGAAAAUUUAAGCAUAAUGUUUAAACUUGUAAAGAUGAAUUUUGUAUGAUGACAUAUUUGUGCAAUACACAGGGCAACGUUCAGUGGAACUUGUUUGCUGGGAUCAUUCACCCGGGGGUUAGUAUCAUGGGGUAUGAGUGUGACUUGCCUUGGCUCUUCGACUUAAAAUAAAGGCUUUAAUGCUGGUUUUGAUCUGCUGGAAAUGUUAAAUAAAUGUGCUCUUCAUUUGAAA